AUCAAUUACGAGCGCAAUCUAUUAUGCUUCAUAUUUGAAUUAUUAAGUCACUUCGAGUCGUCGGAAAACAUCGCUUCUGAAUAUGAGAGCAAAAAUAAUUUUCACCCUCAUGGGCGUUGUACAAAUUUUCCAAGCACCCUGUAUCGCCACAACCGCCCAAUCGGAGGUCUCUGACGCGAACAGCGAGCCAAUCAGCGUGCUCAAUGCUAGAGAAAGACAGCGGGAUACGCCUGAAGUUGUGCUACAAUUGAAAUAUGAUGGCGGGGAACUGAAUAAGAUAUAUUUGACACAGUUCAGGAAGGAGAACAAGGGAUGGGUGCCCUCAGUACCGGCUCGAGGCAACUUGUGUACGGACCUGUGUCGCGCAGGUCUGGGCGGCACAACCUGUGGCUCGACGUGUCUGGACUUGGUCCCAGUGGGUCUUAAAUCUGCCUUGUCCAGUAGCAACGAGACGAAUCUAAAAUACGGCGAGCCGAGAGACGCCGUGUGUCCUGUUCUUUGCGAAAAUGGAUUAGGUCAGCCUCUUUGCAACUGUGAAAGCAAGUCACCAAAGUCCGUAGAUUGGAACGCAGUUUGCGGGACAUUCUGCGCCACAGACAAAUAUGUUUUAUACGGCUGUCCAGUUUGUGAUGAGUCAAAAGUCACAUCCAUCCAACUCGCCAGUACACGAGUCCUCAAUACAGCUGAGGGCUGGAAGUCAUGGUGCAACGUCCAAUGCAGACAGGGGCAAGGUGGUGCUGCCUGCAAUUGCGAUCGCGCCCCCUUUCAGUAGACGAGAAAACCAAAAAGAUCAAGCAUACCAACCAAGAGAUUGAAAUCAAAAUUUACAAAAAUACCAUUGUUAUAAAUAUCAGUUAUUUUUCACAAAUUAACUAACAGUAUAUGUAUUUUUUUUAUUUUCAAUUUUUAUUUAUUAUUAUUCAUUGUAUUAUUAAUAUCACCAAAAUUUAAAACGAUUAUAUAUAUCAUAUACUUGAAACGGAAAAAAAAAUUUGAGAUUUUUAACUUUUUUUUAUAUAUGUUACGGUAUUCAAUAUUCAGCCACAUUAAAAUAAAACAUUAUAUAAAUAUUGCAUUAAUUAAGAGUUUAAGAUGUAUUAACAAUAUAAAAUUAAUUUAUAUAUUUAAUUAUUUAAAAAAAUGCAUGACCAGAGUUCGUUGACGGCUUAGGUAAGUCAUUUAUUUUAAUUAUAUACCACUUAUAACAUAAAUAUAAUCAUUUAGUAUAAGGUAAGUACAUGGCUAUUUAAAUUAUUGUAAGUGAAAAGGUAUUGUGAUCAGUCGAAUAAUGUAUCUCAUCUGCUAUCCUUUUCUUACCAGGAUAAGAGAGGCGCGAGCUAGAUAGAGAUAUAACACCUACUGAGAACAGAACUAUUUCUGUUAUAAUUGUCUCAUUUUUCACAUUUGGCGCGAUCACAUUAUCUUAAUAGUUAAUAAAAUAAGUUAUAUAAUCUGUAUAUAUACGAUGAAACUGUGCGAAAGACAAUAUAUAAAUAUAAUUAGCAAAGGAAGUAACAUAAGUUACUCCUAUAAAUAUAAAAUGUAUUAUAAUACAUUCAAUUCUAUUAAAUUAUUUUCAUUUAUUUUUUAUUUAUUUUUUAUUUUCCUUUUUAACCUACCAGUCAAUUACUGCCAGAGGCCUUUAAAAAUCGGACAUAGUCUAUUGCCACAAUAAAAAAAAACAUCUUAAAGGUCAAAGGCACAUUAAUUUGACUCCCUAAAUUUUUCAAUUUAUAAUAUUCGUGAAAUUAGUGAUUGAGUAGUCGAUUUAAAAAAAAUAGAACUCGUUUUUCUACUUUG